AUGUAUACCGCCGAAUUCUCUGAUUCAGAGGCGCGAGGACAAGUUGCGCUCUAUAUUCCUGAGAUGGUUGAGCUUCGUGUUCGUGGCAAGUCACCAAAGCAGAGGAUCGGAGGUCCGGCGGGGGAAACUCCGGCAAAGGCAGUGGCUGUGUGGUGGGUCACCGUCAAAGGAAGUCACGGUGGUCGGAGCUCCGGCGAAGGGACUCGGUGGCUGGUGGACACAGCUGCAGCAGCUGGUCACAGGUGCUACAGCGGCGUCGCUCGGACAGGGAGCAAGCUCGGAACGGCGUGCAGGGGCGGAGACCGACUCGGCGGAGGGCUGCUACAGGCGUCGUGGGUCGUCGCAAGGACUUGGGUGGCAGCAGGCCGCCGGGAUCGCGAGAUCUGGACAGUGGGCCACGAGCAGAGGACUCCGGGUUGCGGCACGGCAGAGCAACUCAAGUGUCAGUACUUGGGCAGCAAGAGCGUCGGAUCGCUAGGCCUCGGGGCAACGGCACGGCGUCGGCUGGGCGUCAGGCGGAGGCGAGCAGGGACGCCGGGACUUCUGGUACUGCAGAUUGGCGACGGUAAGGCGAAGCAAAGGCGUUCGGGUCGCGGUUGCUGCGAGGGUCUCAAAUCCGUCGGCGUCGGGCUUCACGGACGGCGAGCAAAGGCGAGAUCUGCUGGGCAAUCGCAGGCGAGUGGCAGAGCAGGGCCGGAGCGGCGUCGGCAGGGAGAGUCGCGGACGACUGGGCUGGCGUCGCGGGUUGCUCGCGAAGGAGGCGCACCGAGGCUCGGCGUCGUGGUGGCGCGGGUCGUCGGGGCUCGUGGACGGAGACCGGCGGCUACGUCGGCGUGGGGAAGGCGGCUCGGCUGUAGCACGGCUCGGGCCUGCUCGCGGAGGGUGGAGCGUCGGGCUUCGCGGAGCGGAACAGAGAUACGGAGCCUCGCAGAGGCCAAGACCAGGACCCGAUCCAAUCCGACCCCGCGUCUGCUCAGUCGCCGACAUGUAGUCCUACCUCCGACCGGCGCCCCCACCGCUGGCCAGGUCAACGGUGACGCUCCGGUGGCGAGCCGCCGGUCCAGGGAUUCCACGACGUCCGAGGUGGAGUUCCAGAGGCAGCUGGCUCUCGGGAGCAGCUCUUCCAACUAGGAGUUUUGCAGCAAUGAUCGGGAGAACGGCCAGAUCCGCGCCGCAAACCAGUUGAGCUUGGGCAGGCAUCGGAGGGGCGAUGCGGGGAGGAAGAAGGAUGAGGCCUUGGUGGAGAAAUCCAGACAGUACUGGAAAUAUGAUGUGAUUGAUUAUGAGGAGAAAGUGGUGGAUGGAUUUUAUGAUGCUCAUUAUAUCUCCACUGACUCAAGGCUUCAAGGGAAAAUGCCAUCUCUUACGGAUCUCUCUGUCCCUGGGAGUUCUGACUUUGAAGCUAUAAUAGUUAAUCGCAGAACUGAUCAUGCACUUGAAGAGUUGAUGCAAAUCGCUCAAUGUAUAGGAUUGAACUGUCCUGCUACUGAGGUUACCGUUUUGGUUCAAAGGCUUGGUGAACUGGUAACAGGACAUAUGGGUGGCCCAGUAGAGGAUGCUAACAUUAUGUGGGCUAGGUGGAUGGAGAGGAGCACACAGUUGAGGACAUCUCUCCAGACAAGUGUGUUGCCAAUUGGGUCCAUAAAUGUUGGCCUUUCAAGACAUCGUGCUUUGCUUUUCAAGGUGCUCGCAGAUAUAAAUUUGCCUUGCCGACUGGUGAAAGGUUGCCAUUACACUGGGCUGGAUGAUGAUGCUGUAAACGUGAUAAAAUUGGACAAUCAAAGGGAAUUUCUGGUUGAUCUCAUGGCUGCUCCUGGGACGCUUAUACCAGCCAGUUCUUGCAGUGGGAAAGAUAAUAAGCCUGGUGUUGGUUCUUCCAGAGUAUCUGGUAGGACAGCUCAGCAGUUGAAUGUGAAUGAGGUCCCACGGAGCAAAAAUAGUUCAAAGGACUCCACAAGUCUUAUUGCAGAUCUCAAUCCUCUCGCCAUUAAAGGCUUUUGCAAAGCUCCAAUGGAAGGUAACAGCACGGAAAUCAAAAUCGAUGAGAUGCCAAGACAGAAACAUAACCCUGUUCCUGAUCGGCGUCCUGUCCUGUUGAUGCCAAAAAAUCAAAAUUCUCCCAAUGAAGUACCAAGAAAGAAAGAUUAUGGUUUAAAGGAAGGUCUGUUUCAGAGAAGUAAUCGGGUACCAAAUUCUUAUUAUGUGUCAUUCACUGGCAUCUCUACAGCUGAUAAAGUCAAUACAGACAAUUUCUGGUGGGAUAACUCAAGAGUUGAAUAUCGAUGUGGUCCCACAGAGCAAAAACAGUUCAGAGAAGCCUACAAAUCUUUCGGCAGAUCUCAAUCCUUUUGAUAUUAAGGCUUUCGCAAAGCCCCAAUGGAAGGUAAAAGCACAGAAAUAAAAAAUAAUGAGAUGCCGAGACAGAAAAAUAACCCACUUCCGGAUCAGCCUCCUGUCCCAUUGAUGCCAAAAAAUCAACAUCUUCUCAAUGAAGUACCAAGAAAGAAAGAUUACGGUUUUAAGGAAGGUCUGUUUUCAAGAAGUAAUCGGGAACCUAAUGCUGAUCAUGUGUCAUCAUCCAUUGGUAGAUCUACAACUCAUAAAGUCAAGCUGAACAGUGUACACUUGAAUGCCCAAGUCAGAAAAGACCCUCUUAGGACUCCGGAGAUUUUGCAAGAUGGUGUAGCGGAAUCUCAAAUAGGACGUGAUAGACAUGAAAUUGGUUUAUCUGGUCUGAAAAGGUGGACUAAUGACAGAUUCAUGGACACAAACUUUGUGUCGAAGGAUUCAGAAAGCCCAAGCUCAUCAAUUGAUAAUAAUACAAUUAAGGUUGAUCGAGCACGUGAUGAUGUUGAUGUUGGUGUUGAGAUUCACUGGGAACAUUUGAUCAUUUGUGAAAGGAUUGGAAGAGGUUCUUAUGGAGAGGUCUAUUGUGCUGACUGGAAUGGCACGGAGGUGGCUGUGAAGAAAAUUUGGGAUCAGGAUGUCUCAGGUGCUUCUUUGGAUGAGUUCAGACGAGAAGUGUGGAUAAUGCGUGGAUUGCAUCAUCCAAAUAUUGUUCUUUUCAAGGGUGCUGUGGCCCGUCCUCCACAUCUGUCUAUCAUUAUGGACUUUCUUCCAAGGGGAAGCUUGUACAGAAUUAUACAUCAUCCUCACUGUCAUAUUGAUGAGAAACUUAGGAUAAAAAUGGCCCUUGAUGUGGCAAGGGGAAUGAAUUGCUUGCACACGAGUGUCCCAACAAUAGUUCAUCGAGAUUUGAAAUCACCGAACCUUCUUGUUGACCAAAACUGGAAUGUCAAAGUCUGUGAUUUUGGGCUGUCACGCUUGAAGCAUAAUACUUUCUUGUCAUCCAAGUCAACUGCUGGAACGGCUGAGUGGAUGGCACCAGAAGUUCUCCGCAAUGAACCGUCAAAUGAAAAAUGUGACAUUUUUAGUUUUGGAGUCAUUCUCUGGGUGCUUGCCACAUUGAAAAUACCUUGGACUGGGAUGAACUCAAUGCAGGUUGUAGGUGCCGUAGGUUUUCAAAAUCACAGCCUCGAGGUCCCCAAAGAAGUCGAUCCCUUGGUUGGAAAGAUCAUCUGGGAAUGCUGGCAGACGGAGCCAAAUUUGCGGCCCUCUUUUGCAGAGCUCACUAUAGCUCUGAAGUCAUUGCAGAGGCUUGUAAUUCCUUCUGACUUGGAUCAACCAAAUACACAUCUGACACAGGACCAGCGACACUUUUCUCUUCCCCUGGAGAUUCAAGUAAAGACCACACCUUGAGACAUCUUCACAGAGUGAAAAAGGAGUUCAUGGCAUCACUUCAUUUGCAUGGUGGCAUCAAUCUAUUCUCGAUAAAUUUAUACUAGAAUGAGAAAGAAGAGAAGCUGGUUAGGACAAAGGGUUCGCGCUGUACAGUAAUCUUACUGUUUCUGCAUAGAAAGACUGUCAUUCACGGUUUCUUUGUGGAAGGAGGGACUCAGGAUGCCUCCUUCAAGACAAAGGAGAAGCUGUUACUAUGAAAUACACGUUUCUACUAUUUAUCCGCGGAGUAUAGAGGAGAUUAAGAACUGUCAGUUGACUCCAGUCGUGAGUAUUUGCACCCUGUAUAUAGAUGUGAAUAAUAGAUACUAUUUAAACUUCGCUAUCUUUCUCUCUC